UUUUACUAAUACCCCAAUACCUCAUAUACCACAAGCUGAAACGAUUGAGCGCAUGUUCUUUUAGAUAUUAAAUAAUAGAUUCAUUGGAAUCGCAAUUGUAAAAAGAGAUCAAUCGCAAACUCGUAGAUGGACGGCUUUGAAAAACCUAAGAAAGCCUGUGAUUUUUGUCGGAGGAAAAAGAUUCGCUGUAAUCGUGAGCUUCCCAGAUGUCAAAACUGUUUGGUCUACAAUGAGGCAUGUCACUACUCUAAGAGACUGAAGCGCUACAGUCUUAAGAUGAAGAACGAUGCUCAGGCGAAGAGUCGACUGCCUUCACUUGAGUCGGAGGAUAGUCCUAAUUGCGAUAUAGUCGCAUCUUCUGAAUCGAAAGAUAAUUAUUCACUUCAUGUACGCCUUCGAAAUGUCGAGGAUAAACUAGACAGGUUGUUGAGUCUUGUUGAGGAUUCUUAUAAACCGCCUAGUAGAUUUCGAGCUCGAGAUUUCCCCUCAUUGAUAUCCCAAAUCCGAGACGCUAGCUCACUAGUUGACAAUAAGUUGCAGGAAUACUCAAAAUUGUUUAAAUUGACUCCUGCAGAAACAAAUAUUGACGAUUUGUUUGCUCAUUCUUUCCCUAGUUGGGAUGAAGACUUUCCCGACAUGCCUGAGCGAGAAUGGGCUGUUGCCCGUAUUCAAUGGUACUUUCGUUAUAUCAAUUGUUGGUGGCCGAUAUUCUACGAAGAUGAUUUUAUGGCUGAGCUACACAAACUCUAUGAGGAUCCAAACCAAACAAAGGGCGUAUGGUUGGUAUCGUUUUAUGCUAUACUCGCAGUGGCCAUCUCAAGAAGCAAAAUGGAAGAUGAUCAAAAGCUUGCUGAAUCUUUUUUCUGUGCAUCAUGGUAUUUAAUUCAGAAACCUGGAUUCUUUUUAAUACCCCAAGUGGAGAAGAUUCAAGCACUUGUUAUCAUGAUUCAAUUCACUGCUCAUUUAUCACUUUUUACAUUGUGUAAGGCGCUUUGUGGUCAAGUAUGCCUUAUGAUUAGAGAUUUAAAUUUACAUCGCGCUAGCUCAACUCUAAAGCUGCCUAAAAGGACUGCCGAAUUAUAUCGACGAAUAUUUUGGGUUUGCUAUGUUCUUGAGAUAACUACUUCUUUAGUAUUUGGAACUCCUUCUGUUUUGAGUGACAUGGAGAUUGACUGUGGGUAUCCUGACAUAACCAAAGAGCCUUUAUACCCAAAUAUAUAUCAUGGAAAUAUUAUUUUCAUUGCAGAGAUUUCAUUGACAAUCUUGAAGAAUGAAAUUCGCUCCCAGCUUUAUAGCAGCAGUACUCCCUCUGUUGAGGGUAAACGGUUAAAAGUAAUUUGGUCUAUCUUUGAAAAAAUGCAAAACUGGCAAACUUCUCUACCUCUCGAAAUUCAAAGUUAUUUCGAAAGUCUAAAAAGAAACGAAAAUAUCUUCUUUACUUUAAAUAGUGAUGAUCAGAGACUUUUCUCAGCAAGUAUAGAAAUAUACCUUUCAUAUUGCAACACCGUCAUUUUCUUGCAAAGGUUAAACGAUACAGAGGAAGGUUCCGCUAUUUGUUUGGACACGGCUCGGAAAGCAGUUGAUGUACUGAAAAACUUCUUUGUGGUGUUAGAUCCUAUUUCAAAAAACGUUUGCUAUCUCUGGAUAUUUCUUUAUAAUCCUUUUACUCCUUUCAUAACAUUGUUUUCUAAUACCGUGAGCGGAAAGGAAAAUAAUCCUGAUCAACUAUUAGAAGAUUUAAACCGUAUGUACGCCGUCUUUAAGUUCUUUCUUAAGAUGCGUGACUUGAAUGGGCAACUGGCCGAGAAGCUUGCUUCAGUUACUGAGAAUUUUAUUCAUGCCGCUGAGCAUUAUAUUGCUUUACAACCUGCUUUUACUGCGGAUGCUUUUGAGCUGACGAAUUUUUUGAUCUAAGUUAUUUAUUUAUUUUUUGUUUAAGUUCGGAUUUAUAUAGCAACUGGGGUUUUACUAUGGUUAGCUGUUGAAGUUUUCGUUACAGGUUUUCUGUUUUGUUUUGUUUUGUUUUAAUUUAAUUUUCUAUGACAUACGGGGUUGUUUGGUAUAAAUUAAAAUUAUUUGACUAUUUCGCAUACCA